AGAAUGUUCUACUGCUCUAGUAGAAGAAAUGAUAAAAACGUAGCGUGUUCUCGAUCUUGGUAUUUGCGGCCAAGUUUCCUCAUCACUUAUUCACCACGUAAAGCCAGGAUUUUACGACUAACUUACAAUGGACAAAGCACUAAAAACUGGCCUCUCAGCAGGCAUGUCUGCUAUUUCGGGCUUCCAUUCGAAGAAGCCCAAUUGGGCAGACCCAGAAACUGCGGGUGCCAACGUCUUACCGACAUCAUACUGCCCAGAACCAUGGUCUCGAGUGGAGUUCCCGAGCGCCCAAAAGCCCGUCAAGGCUUCAAAUAUCUGUAUCGGUGCUUGGUCGUGGGGCGACAAGUCGACAUGGCAAUGGGAUGAAAAAGAACUACCCCACGUCAUGAUGGCUUGGAAGACGCUUUAUGAGGCUGGCAUCAAUUUCAUCGACACUGCUGAAGCAUACGGCAAUGGGGAGAGCGAAAGGAUAAUCGGAGAACUAGUUGAGGAUAUUCCCCGCGAGACCAUUGUCAUACAGACCAAGUAUUUCAGCACUCCUCUCAAGGCCGAAACCUACCUUCAUCCUGUCGAUGGACCCGUCAAGAGUCUCAAGGCCAGUCUUCAGCGGAUGAACCUCGAAUACGUCGACAUUUACCUGAUCCAUGGACCCAUCCAUCCUCAAAGCAUCCGUGCCAUUGCAGAGGGUAUGGCUCAAUGCGUCGAACAAGGCCUUGCACACUCAAUUGGCGUCGCAAACUAUGACGUCGAAGACGUUCAGAAGAUUAACGAUGAACUAGCAAAGUUCAAUAUUCCUCUCGCGACAAACCAAUGCGAGUACAGCAUUCUUCGUCGCUACCCCGAACUCACUGGAAACAUCGAGAAGUGUAACGCCAGCGGCAUGAUCUUCCAGUCGUACUCAUCACUUGCACAAGGACGAUUGACUGGUAAGUACACCAAGGAUAAACCGCCGCCAAAAUCACGCCGCUUCAGCAGCUACAAGAUGGAAGAUCUUGAGCCUGUACUUGAGACUCUGGAAAGGGUUGCCGAGAGACGGCGCAAGAGUAUUGCCGCGGUCGCUUUGAACUAUAAUAUUAGCAAGGGAGUCCUGCCAGUUGUUGGAAUUAGGAAUGUCGAACAGGCCAAGUGUGCUAUUGAGGCGCUUGGAUGGAGGCUUACGGACAGUGAGAUUGUUGAGAUUGACAAGGUUAGCAUUGUCGGAGAUAAGACUGUGCUUUGGCAGCAGGGCUAGGUACUUGGGCCGUAGCCGGAUAAUAGACUAGAAUAGCACUGAUUAGCUUAUCGCUGAGAACAAAGAUUAAUCAAGGGUAAUGGAUAUGAGGAUUCUCAAACCCGAUAGAUACCGGUGAAC